AUGAACGAACACGACCAGAUCCCGAAGCCGACCAACCGGAAGCCCAAUCGGCAGGAUAAUCGGGAUACUGGCAAAUUCUGCCGAUAUCACCAGCAGAACAGCCACAAUACCGAAGACUGCAUCAGUCUAAGGAAAAUUGUCGAGCGCCUGAUUCGGGAAGGGAAGUUGGAUCAGUACCUUGCCAGGCCGCCACAGGCCCCGGCACCGAAUGCGAAUCGACAGAUCAACAUGAUCAACACGAUCAGCGGUGGCCCCACCCUGGCAGGACCCUCCAACCGCUCGGCGAAGCAGUAUGUGCGUGCCGCCCACUGCCCUCAGGUCUUCGGCAUAGCGGAGGAUCGGUGCCGAAAGUUGUCAAAGGUGGGAUGGGAGCCCAUCACGUUCAGUGAAGAAGAGGAGGAGGGGAUCAUCUACCCCCACGACGACCCAAUGAUCAUUCGGGCCGAGAUCGCCGAUUACGACGUGGGUCGGGUGCUGAUUGACACCGGAAGCUCGGCGAACGUAAUCUUUGCCGAUGCGUUCAAGGGACUGGGGAUUGCGGAUAGCAUGGUCAAUCGGCAAAUCACGCCUCUCCUCAGUUUCUCUGGGGAUCUGGUACAACCGGUCGGUAGCAUCAGUUUACCCAUUGCCUUCGGCAUGGCCCCCCGGAAGACCAUGACCUAUGACCAAUUCCUCAUUGUUGACUGCCCAACAGCAUACAACGUCAUCAUAGGGCGAACGGCACUCACCAGGAUCAAAGCCCACCUAUCCACACACAUGUUGCUGAUGAAGUUCCCAACACGCAACGGUACCGGAGCCAUCCGGGGAGAUCAGCUCAGCGCACGGACGUGCUAUGCCACGGCCCUUAAGUCGGUAGCCAGCAAACCGCCAAUGGAGGCCAUGACCUUGCAGGGACUACCGAACGGUAACGAACCCAUUGACGACCCCCGGGAGGAAAACCCAACGCCAAUGGCACAGCCCGCCGAAGAGCUGGAGACCAUAAUCCUGAACAAGGACUUCCCCGAUCGGUGGGUGAAGAUCGGCACCAAUCUGGAACCCGACCUCCGAAGGCAGUUCAUCGACUUCUUACGGCAGCAUGCGGAAGUCUUCGCCUGGUCUUAUGACGACAUGCCCGGCAUAUCACCCGAAGUCAUCAGCCACAAGCUCAGCAUCUCCCCCGCCCACAAACCAGUCAGGCAAAAGCGCCGAUCGUACGAUGCCGAACGGUAUGAGGCGAUGCGAGCCGAAGUUGACAAGCUCAAAGCCAUCGGCUUUGUUAGGGAGGCUACGUACCCUGUUUGGCUGGCCAACUCAGUCAUGGUUCGGAAAGCCAGGGGAGGAUGGCGAAUGUGCCAGGAUUAUACCGACCUGAAUAAGGCCUGUCCGAAGGUUAGUUUCCCCCUACCGAGGAUCGACCAGCUCGUCGAUGCCACCGCCGGGCACGAGCUGCUCAGCUUCAUGGACGCGUAUUCAGGAUACAACCAGAUCUUCAUGGACCCUGCCGAUAGAGAGCAUACGGCAUUCAUCACAGAUCGCGGUUUGUACUGUUACAACGUCAUGCCCUUCGGCCUGAAGAACGCGGGGGCAACUUACCAACGGCUCGUCAACCGGAUCUUCGCUAAAUACAUCGGCGGCAUCAUGGAGGUUUACGUUGACGACAUGUUGGUAAAGAGCCGAACGGCGGGGGAUCACCUUGAAAACUUGGCCCUCAUGUUCGGUAUUCUAAAGGACUACCGAAUGCGGCUGAACCCGGCGAAGUGCGCCUUCGGUGUAUCUUCCGGAAAAUUUCUCGGUUUCAUGAUCAGUCAAAGGGGAAUCGAGGCCAAUCCCGAGAAAAUAAAAGCCAUAAUCGACAUGGAGACCCCGAAGACGCAGAAGGACAUUCAGAGCCUUACCGGACGUGUCGCUGCCCUGACACGCUUCAUCUCCAAGGCUACCGAUAAAUGCGUACUGUUCUUCAAAACUUUGAAAGGGGGCAAACAUCAUAUAACAUGGACUCCCGAAUGCGACCAAGCAUUUCAAAACUUGAAGAACUACAUGAGCCAAGCACCAUUGUUAUCAAAACCACUGCCAGGCGAGGUACUACUCCUGUACCUUUCGGUAUCCAGCACUGCCGUCAGCUCAGUGUUGAUAAGGAAGCCAGAGAAGGCGGAGCUACCGAUCUUCUAUGUCAGCAAGGCGCUCCAGAGCGCAGAACUUCGGUACCCACCCUUGGAGCAGCUAGCACUGGCCCUGGUCGUCUCGUCACGAAGACUUCGCCCCUACUUCCAGGCUCACGAAAUCACGGUUCUGACGAACCAGCCCCUUCGGCAGCUCACACCGCCUGCUUUAUCGGAACCAUCAUCGCCGAGCGUCGUCCCUACCGCACCAGAAAAAAUGGAUACCGAACGUUUCGACACUUCCGUUCCUCUCUGGAUCCUGCACGUGGACGGCUCGGCAAACCAGCAAGGCUGUGGUGCCGGCUUAGUUCUAACCACUCCGGACGGUAGUAAAAUCGAGUACGCCCUCCGAUUCAACUUCCGAACCUCCAAUAACGAGGCAGAAUAUGAGGCCCUCUUGGCCGGCCUUCGGCUAGCCCAGAGCAUGAGCGCGAGGCAGAUCAGCAUUCACAGCGACUCCCAGCUCAUAGUAAACCAGAUAACGGCAGACUUCGCAGCGAAGGAUGCCUCCAUGUCAGCCUACCUAUCGGCAGCCCACCAACUACUACAAAAGUUUCAGGCCUACGAGAUACGGCAGAUCCCCAGGUCGGAAAAUAGCCAUGCCGACGCACUCUCACGUUUGGCCUCGGCAAUAAAUGACAAGAUCGGAAGGAAGGUACCGGUGGAGAUACUAUCCCAACCAAGUACAACCGCCGCUGAGGUAUGUACCGUUCGGUACGAGGAGACCUGGAUGUCUCCAAUCUAUGCCUAUCUGACAGCCGGAACCCUUCCUGCCGAUAAGUCGCAAGCUCGGAAACUUCGCUACCGUUCGGCAAGAUACACAGUCAUCAACAACAUUCUGUACAAACGGGGCUACACGACGCCGUACUUAAAAUGCCUGACCAAAGAGCAAGGGGACUACAUCCUUCGGGAGGUCCACAGCGGAGUCUGCGGGGACCAUUCUGGCUCCCGAUCGCUCACACACAAGGUCUUCCGGCAGGGUUAUUUCUGGCCGACUCUGCAUCAGGAUGCGAACACACUAGUCAAGAGGUGCAAUAAAUGCCAACGGUUCGGUAGCGUCCCUCACAUUCCCGCCGAGCCACUGUCACCGAUCGUGAGCCCAUGGCCGUUCGCCCAAUGGGGACUGGAUCUAAUCGGUCCGAUGCCAGAGGGCAAGGGUCAGGUAAAAUACGCUGUUGUUGCCGUAGACUACUUCACCAAAUGGGUAGAAGCCAAGGAACUGGCGACAAUAACGGCAGCCAGGGUCGAGGAUUUCGUUUGGACAAAUAUUUGCUGCCGAUUCGGCAUCCCCUACGCCAUCGUCACGGAUAACGGCAGGCAGUUUGAUUCGGAAGUCUUCCGGCAAUUCUGCAAACGACUCAAGAUCAACCUGUUCUUUGCUUCGCCAGCACACCCCCAAUCGAACGGACAGGUCGAAGCCAUGAACAAAAUUGUCAAGAAGCUGUUGAAACGGCAGCUUGACAAAGCCAAAGGGGCAUGGCCAGAAAAGCUUCCAGAAGCGCUAUGGGCCAUAUGGACAUCCUACCGAACGGCAACUGGGGAAACACCAUUCUCCAUGGCUUUCGGUUCAGAGGCAGUAGUCCCCGUAGAGAUCGGAGAGCCCUCCUACCGAACGGAAACCUUCGCACCGAAGGCAAAUGAGGAAGCGCUGGCCCUGAGCCUCGACUUACUCGAAGAGCGCCGAGCACAAGCCAACCUUUGGAACGAAGCUUACAAACAACGCGUCUCUCGGUACUAUGACUCCAGGGUCAGAUCCCGCUCUUUCCGAGUCGGAGAUUGGGUCAUGCGGAAAGUCUCCUUGGCAACCAAGAAUCCCACGGAAGGAACCCUCGGACCUUCCUGGGAGGGACCCUACGAGAUCAUCGGUAUCCAGCGAUCGGGGACUUACCGACUCAGAGACUCCAAUGGAAAGACCCUCGGUCACCCUUGGAACGUAGAGCAUUUGAAGUACUACUUCAAAUGA